AUAAAGUCUUCCAUAACUAGAAUGUGAUGUUUGGGUCUUUCAGAGUUCACUUAAGUGCCAACCUGAUGUGAUUAGACGCUCUACUAACUGCAUAAACAUGCCAUGGUGCUGCUGAAGUGAUGUGUAAGACAAAAGCGCUCUUUGUUGUCGUAUGCUGCUCUAAUGCUUGUUUGAAACCAAUGACCCAUCAAUCUUUGCAUUGCCAGUGGGUUCAACACCUAACACCAGCAGUGGUGGAUUUUAAGACAACAGGAGUGAAAGGCCAGCAGACCUCACAGGAUGGAAACCACCGACUUUUACAGUCUUCACUUUUUUUUUAUUGGAUAAUUGAGGAAACAUUUGAUUAUUACAGUCUGCAUCUGCAUUUGGUAAUCAAUGCAAAUGAUUGGAAAAGAAUAACAAGCGCAUGAAAAUCAGAGUCUUGUGAGUACUCCAUAAAUAAAUUGAUCUAAGCUAAACCUUUAUGCAUGUAGGGGUUUCACACAUUAAAGUGCACACUUACAGCACUGCAGAUUUUGUGUUGGAGAGUCAGAAGCAUGCAGACUUGCUGCUUUUGGGUCACCAUUCAAACCCCAUUACCACCAGUAUAAAAGACCAAAGAUCUCGUUCCCCUCUGUGCACCCCUAGAAAUCUGCACAGCAUAAUGAGCAGUAAACAAGAGGAGCAGCAGACGAGCAAAAAGAGGGCUGACAAAAAUGAGUGUCUCCCCAGCAACAGUCAAGCUGUUUGAGUCACAUGACCAAGGUUUCCCCCAAAGCCAGGGAGACCAGACUUGUGAAGGAGUCUGUAGUUUUGGAAGCUAAGAGGAGCAGUGAGUGGAGCCCAGCCGGACGGAACCCCAAUGUCGGCAGAAAACCUCCAUCUGAACAGAACCGCCGAGAGAGAAACGCCAGACGGAAAAAUGAACGCGUCUGCAUUUGAAUUCAGAGUAUUGAAUAUCAUCAUCAUCACCGUGGCCUUGUGCAUCCUCAUGGUCACCGGUCUGUACUGCCUCAGCGUCUGCUACAGCCGGACCAGGCAGUCAAAGCGAGCACACAUAUACGAGAGCGCCGUUUCUGGUGGGGAGCCGGAGGAAGCUGUGACAGUCAAAGCGGUGAAGCGGUCCACCAGCUUCAUCAAUCCGCUGGCCUUCUUCAGAAGACCUGAAGCUGCUAAGGACAACUCCAGGAUCUACUACAUUUAUGCCAACCCGCUGCCUGUGGGACUGAAGGAGGAGGAGGAAGAGACACACAGCAGAACCCCCGAGCAGACGCCGCUGACCCCAUCCCUGUCCAUGCAGGAAUACGCCAGGCGCCCCAGCAGUGGUCUCGUCCUGGACCCCCCAAUGUUUUACCUGCAGCUGUAGAGGCUCUGCCGUACACAGACUCUGAGAAAGAGUUUUAUUCACAAGUCAUAUACAACUGCCAAGUCAUGUUCAGAUAUGGACUGUGCUGCAUUCAAAAAACACCUUUGUCUGAUAAUAUAUCAGAAGGGCUGCCAAUUAUGACGUAUGAUGACAGGAAAUGACAUUUUGAUGAACUGAGUUAAAAGAAAAAUACUUAGAAUACCUUCAAGUAGAUUGUUUUGAUCACUGUUUGUGAUGUUUUCAGCUCUUCUUAACAAAGGGAGCUUAUACAGGUAGAGCCAGGAUUUUGGUUUUUCUGUUUUUCUGUUACAACAAAUAAAAAGCUCCUUUAUUAGUCAGGAAUUAUGUAAAUGCAAUAAAAUAUAAAGGUAAUAUAAACUCUACUUUGUCUAAUAACUUUAUCCAUCCAUUCAUCCAUCAUCCAUUCAUUUACCCAUCAUCCAUCCAUCCAUCCAUCCAUCGACCUAUCCAUCCAUCCAUUCAUCCAUUCAUUUACCCAUCAUCCAUCCAU